CGUUAUUUAUGUAUAUCCAUGACCCUUCCCUCGUCCUCAUAUUCGUUGCCUUGAAUUCACCAUGAAGCGUUCAGUCGAGGAGUGCCUCACGCCCGUAAAGCGCCAGCGUAAUAUUUCGCUAUUCGACGACACAUCGCUGCAGAGAUUUGCUACGGAUCUGCAAAACAGUCCAGACGACUCUGGUUAUAUAUCGGGGAGCAUCUUCAUGAUAUGGCACAAUAAAGAUAAGGAAAAAAUGCAGUUCAAAAUUCGUGCAAGUCCUGGUAGCGAAAGUGUGGCGUAUUUCGAAGUUGUCCUUACGGGAGAGUGCUUCAACACUCUUUCUGCGCAGGGGCUUGAGCUGGGCGCCCGGGACGAGCUGACGCUUGCUCUGGAAGGGGCAACUGUUCGCACCGAUGUAGAGAAGUCUAGUAUUUCAGGAUCACUUCCAAUACGGUUGGAAUACACAGCAGGAAUUCAUAUGAAGGUGGUCAAGUCCUACCGGGGUGCAAAAAACAACGGACGAGUUGUUGAUACUUGGCUGUGGAAACCCGCCCCGCCCUCCAUCAACAAGAACUGGGAGAGGUUCGGCACGCCAGCUUCUCAGGCAGACCUUCCUUCAACUCCGAAGACACCCAAGCUCAUUGACUUAGACACACCCACACUUCUCGCUGGAAGAAAACGCUCGCGUGCAUCAACCGUCUCGGUUACCACACCAGUUCCUGUGAAGAAGCUUAAACUCGAUACAGCUGUUGAGCCCCCUGAGAAGAAGGAACCCCAAAAAUUGACGAAGAAACAAAGGAAAGCUUUGAGAGCCCAACAGCAUCAUGAUCGACAGGUUUCUCAGGUGGACGACGAAACAAGGCCUGCGACACACAAACACAACGAUGCAUCUAGGGAAUCGUCUUCAAAGCCCGAAUCACAUACCAAUGCCACCAGCACCGGUCCUGCUCAAUCAGAUAGUUCCAAGGUAGCUUCUUUGGGGCUAACUUCGACUGUCGAUACCAACGUCUCUCCAGAGAGAUCCCCCAACUCAGAAAUGACUGCCAAGGUGCUAAUAGACGGUUCUCUCGCCAUGGUCGCUGGGUUGCGCUUUGGAGACAAACGAUACACGGCCUUGAAGCAAGCAACAAAGGGAACGCGUAACAUCAUAGGCGUUGUAUGGUCCCUGACCAAUCCAUCUAGGACAUACUCCGGAGAUUGGUCCAGUUCCUUUAUGAUAGUGGAUCCGAGCAUCUGCUCGCCUGAAGACGGCAGUCUAAUGCAUCCACAGAGAUACCGAGUCAACUGUUUUGCGAGGACCUAUGAACAAUGGCUUCCGCGCCCUGAGGUGAACGACGUGAUAAUUCUUCGGAACGUCAAGUUGAAAGAAUAUAUGGAAAGUCCAUCUGCUAUAGGUUAUCACGACAAGCUCCAGUGGGCCGUGUACAAGCCAGAGACGGGAAAGAUAGAUCACAACCGAGAGGGAGCACCUCUUUCUCAAGGUCUAGCAGAGGAUGGUGCGGGUGUCCAAUUUUCUCCUUUCUACGAUGCCCAGCCACUUGAAAUUGCAUAUUGUUCUAAACUUACAGCUUGGUGGCGCGCAGUAUUGGAGAAGAGGCGUGAAGACCUAGGCACCAUUCAUCAAAUUGGCGAAGAGAUGACGGAGAACGAAAAUUUCUCUGCUGAAAUAUCCAAGCGUCAGCACAGGCUCAUCUGCGAUGCAGGUCCUCUUGUUUCACCGAAUGGCUACUUUGAUUGUACAGUCGAAGUGCUCUAUGGAUAUGCAAGCGAAGCGGCCAAUCAGCCAUACGAUCUUUAUGUCACUGACUACACCAAGAAUGAACAGCUCACACCAGUACAAUAUAAAUGGUGUCCUUCAAAAGCUCUGUCAGAAACCGUGCUAAAAAUCGAGAUGUGGGAUAGCGCACGUGAAUUCGGGAAGGGGAUGCAAACUGGAGAACUUUUCAGUAUGAAGAACGUACGGAUGAUCAUCAGCAAAGGGGGAUAUCUCCAAGCAAAAAUCCAGGAGUCAAAAAUUUCCCCACUCAACGAGCAGGACGCCGAAAACAAUAUACACCUACGAGAUUUUUUAGAGCGCAGGAAGCGCUGGCAGAGCGGCAAUGAUACCAUAGAGUAUCAGUCCAAGUACGAUUUAGUACAAGAAGUGAAAUCAGAUGAAUUCUUCUGUUGCAUUGUCGAGCUCGUUCACGCAACUUUCACGCAUGGUUCAUUCAUUUACGUCUCGGACUAUACUCGUCUUGGCCUACUUCCCCGACUAGAUGAACCUUGGGCCUCCGGUCUGGAACACUGCAUUAUUCCGAUCAAGUUGACCGAAGGGCAGGUUGAAAUGGCCAAAAGGUUUGAGGUUGGGGCGAUCUUAUCGAUCAAGAAUUUGCGUUUGAGGAAGUCAUAUAGUGGAGAGAACUUUCAGGGACUUUUGGGAGGUAACCAGCGCCUGAUUGAAAAGCUGGUAGAUGGGAAUCCUGUUCAAAUGGAGAUGAAAACACAAUUGUUGGAACGAAAGAUCGAUAUUCAAAACAACCCUACUAUCGAUUCGGACUCUGGGAAAAGCGAACCAACUUCCAAGCCCGAAUCAGUAGCAGUCGAGACAGAGGUCCGGCUGAAGACUGAGAACACAACAGUAAAAGAAACAGGCGAACUAACCACCAAGUCAGAAGCUACGGGUCAAACGAAGCAAGCCAGGCAGUCGACUGAAACUCACCAUGAGCUGGGUGAGGAUUUUGAAGGUUACCAGAAAGCUACGAUAUCCGAGAUGCAGGCCUGCGCCAAAUGCCCCCACAGAUUCCGCCUGACGGCUAAAGUAGCCAGUUAUUUCCCCAAACUGCUCCAAGAUUGUGUCAUGACAAGAUGUACGAGAUGUAACAAAGACCUUCUGCCAAUGUAUAAGGGAUGCGUAGCGUGCGAUAUCAAUGAUCAAGCGUUAGAAUAUCAAUACCGUCUGUUCUUACAACUGGGCGAGGAGAACGGAGGCGACAAUCUCAUGGUAGUUGUCACAAACGAGGGUCCGCUCCUGAAAGACCUCAAGCGCGUCAAUCUGCGUGAUGAUCAUGAUGCCUAUCUAGCAUUUAUGGAUCUCGUACAGCCGUUCCUAGGUAAUCUUGGCGAUGUCCAAGAAGAAAGAGAGAAGCGGAGGAGACUUAUUGAACCAUCUUCUCCGAUACUGGACUUCAUGAUUGAAACCUGGAACAAUGUUCGCGGGGACCGAGUUUAUGAGUUACGUGCCUAUUCACUGGUAGCCUGAUUUUCCCACACUAAUUUUCUAAGAAUGUGCUUUAUCAGUAGUGUAUCGUACACUAUAUAUGAUUGCAGUGCGCGUUCACAGCCUCGUAAUCCAGAAUAGCCAGUCGCUGCCAUCAUACAUUAUCUUUUUCAUCAUCAGAC